GCAUUAGAGAGACAGAUCUUUGACUUCCUUGGUUUCCAAUGGGCUCCUAUCCUUGGCAAUUUCCUACAAAUAAUAGUUGUCAUUUUGGGUUUGUUUGGAACCAUCCAGUUUAGGCCUCGAUAUAUAGUCGUGUACACGGUGUGGACUGCCCUGUGGGUCACCUGGAAUGUUUUCAUUAUCUGCUUCUAUUUGGAAGUAGGCGGACUUUCGAAGGAAACCGAUCUCAUGACCUUUAACAUCUCAAUGCACCGCUCUUGGUGGCGGGAACACGGGCCUGGCUGCAUACGAAGGGUGGUGCGUCCUUCUGCCCCUGGCGUCCUAGAGGAUUACUCCUACGUCUCCGUGACAGGCUGCAUAAUUGAUUUCCAGUACCUAGAGGUCAUUCACAGCGCUAUCCAAAUACUCCUCUCCCUUAUUGGAUUUGUGUAUGCCUGUUACGUGAUCAGUAUUUUCAUGGAGGAGGAGGACAGCUGUCGAAGUAAGUAAUGAACAUGGACUCAAGACUUCUGCUGCUGUAGCUGAAGAAACAGACUUUAGAAGAAAAGACCAACCUUGUGACUCAUCGUUCUGGAAGAAACCCACCAUCUGUUUCUCACGGCAUGUGGAUUCUUCUUCCCACAGGCUCAGUGUCAUUAUCAGCGUUGUUAUUUCGUAGAUCCUUGUAGAUGAUCUUGAAUUUUUGAAUAAUUUACUUAUAUGGACACUUGUAAAUUGUAAAUUUUUUCUUUUUUAAUUUCAAUAUUUUUACAACAUUUAGUCUUAAGGCAUGAAAACAAAACAACCUGUGAAAACUAGGAGAAGGGUGCGUCUUUCUCAAACAAGUCAGUAUUUUUUGACUGAUAGAAUCAUACUGUGCCUGGUCAAGAUUGUGUCAGUAAACAGUAAUUUUGACUCCAAAAUAUGCAGCAGAGUCAAACCCCAACAAUGUACAAGAGAUCAUUUCAAUGCUGUAUUUAGAAUUCACAAUGUCCACUCCUUGCAUUGUUUGAAC